UUCACCACUUACCUGCUGUGUCAAACGUACUUCAACAUUGCCAGAUGUUUUGUUCACUCGCCCGCCAGCUUCACUGUAAUAUUUAGAAUACUCGCUUUGUUCCCGGACAAUGCUUACUUUGCGAUCGCGUUUGUAUGUUGUUCUACUGGUUCGAAGUUUGCGCCAUUUAAUUCUUCCUUUAGCACCCGUUGAUGAUACCUCACAGUGAACUCUUUAUCUCACCUUACAACUUAUUUCUCUGGAAUUUCACUCUGCUCUCCUCUCUUGUCCAACUUUGUCUUCAUACUCCCAUUUCAUACCUCCACGCAAUCUUGCAUCCUCUUUUCAACACAUAUGACGCUCAGCGGCACAGACGACAAGCACAAAACUUUUCCUCCAUGGUACGCGGUCGACCGACAGCUGUCACUAAGAAUGGAGCGAAAACCACCGUCACACCCGACCAUGCCGCCCACUCUGAUAGCCCAAGUUCUUCCUCCAUCCUUGCAACGGUGUUUAUGCUUUUUUAUCCGUCCUCGAAACUGACCGGACCACUCGUCCAUGCUCGACUUUCGUCUGAUUGA